AUGACAAUAGUACUGUCCCUUCUUUUGAUCUUGGUUUCGUUCAUCUUCAAUCACUCUUCUCUUUAAAAAAAUUUUUAGAUCUGCUUUAUAUGGAGGCAUAUAUGUAGCUAAAAGGUCAUCAACAAGCUUAUUCAGAGAAAGAAAGAAAGAAGAAACUACUUUAUUGUAUUCAUAGUAAUAUAAGACUAGAAGAAUCUUUCCCAAGAGUUGAACAAGGUGGAUCGAAGGCAUGGGAAGAGACCUCUCCCUUCUAAUCAUGCAUCAAGGGAGAAAAGGGAAAAUUUCAAAUUUUCUGUUCAUCAAUCACCAUCUAAGAGCCAAGGAGAAGAAGCUUCACCACCCCUCUUUAUUCAUCCAAUCAAUACUAAUGAUGAUAGCACCCCCUCUACACCAAUACUACGAUAUGGGCAAGUAAGCACUUCUGGUUUGAUUGAGAUGCAGGACCCAUCCCAGCAGCCUUUAAAUCAAGGAAAUAUUGCUCGAAAGAGACACUAUAGAGGUGUUAGGCAGAGACCAUGGGGCAAAUGGGCUGCAGAAAUUCGUGACCCUAAAAAAGCAGCUAGAGUGUGGCUUGGCACAUUUGACACGGCAGAGGCUGCAGCUGCUGCAUAUGAUGUUGCUGCCUUGAAGUUCAAAGGAUCAAAAGCCAAGCUCAAUUUUCCAGAACACGUUCUUCUCACUUCAACAUCACCAUGUCUCACUGCUACAACUGCUACUGUUAAUGCUACUAUUGCUACGGCUGUUGCUUCUCCUACUACUACUAAUAAUAAUAAUGUUUCUUCAGCUCUUGCAUCUCCUGCAUCACUACUACCACAACAGGUUUAUCAACCUCUUCCACCGUCUCCAUUACUAUCAUCAUCAGAAGAAGGGUUCCCGAACCUAAUGCAGUACGCGCAGCUGCUAAGGAGUAGUGAUGACAAUGAUCUACAACGGGUUGCUUUGGGCCUUCAUCAUUAUCACAAUGAUCCAUUUCUCGAUUCAACUUCUUCAACAUUGUUUUCAUCAUCGACAGCUUAUGUGGGUGUGCAUGAUCAUCAACCGCAGGGUGGAGAUGGCACGAGUGCUCCCAAGGGGAGAGAAUAUUUUGGUUCGAGUGGUUCUUGUUAUUUUGAGGGGAGUGGUUCUCAUGACAAGAAUUGAACAUAAGGUUUUUUAUUUUUAUGUUUAGUUUUUCCAUCUAGACAUUAAUGUUUCCUACACUUAAUUAAGGUAAACUCAUAUUUCU